CCAAAAGUAACUGGGGGAUUUGUUCUUCCCCAGUUUCUGUCUCCCCAGGACGGCAUGUCUGCUCUAUGCGACCCCGCAGGGGUGGUUGGGCCUCCAGGGUCCGCCCCCAGCCCGAAACCGGCAGCAGCCCCGCCGUCGCUCAGUUCCCAGGAGCUGGCUCAGGAGAUCAAAGCCUUCCUUAGUGGUGUAGACCCCGUACAUGGUAACAAGCUCACCAUCAAGGAGCAUGCCCGAUGUGCCAUUUUGCUGCUGCGCAGCCUCCCACCUGCCCGCAGUGCUGUCCUGGAUCACCUUCGAGGUGUCUUUGAUGAGUAUGUGUGCACCUACUUGUUGGAACUGGAAAACAGUGAAGGUAGACUGAGCUGUGUCCGCUCCCAGGGUCCCAACCUGGACGAUGUGGUUCAGGAGAUCCAGGCUGUGCUGUCUGAGUUUGUCCACAUGAAUCCCAAGGCAUGGGCAGCCUUAGUCUCAGCCUGGUCUAUCGACCUGAUGGGGCAACUGAGCAGUAAGUAUGCCGGCCGCCACGGAGUGCCCCAUGCCAGCAGCCUCAAUGAGUUGCUGCAGCUGUGGAUGUCUUGUAAGGCGACGCGGACGCUGAUGGAGAUCUACACACAGUGCCUCUCAUCUAUGAUCAGCACCUGUCCGGACGCUUGCGUGGAUGCCCUCCUGGACACUUCCGUUCAGCACUCACCACAUUUCGACUGGGUAGUGGCCCACAUUGGCUCAUCUUUCCCCAACACGAUCAUUAAUCGGGUGCUGUCCUGUGGCCUUAAGGAUUUCUGCAUGCAUGGGACAGCCUCAGCUGACCUCCUUCUCUUCCCAAGCAGCACUGCUGCUGACAAGAGGGUUCCCAAGAUCGCCUCAGUGGUGGGCAUCCUGGGCCACUUGGCCUCUCGCCACUCGGAGAGCAUCAAGCAGGAGCUGCUGAGGAUGUUCCAUGGGAGCCUGGGCCCCGCACGGGACCAGCAGCAGAAGGCCACCGUGCCCUUCUUGCUGCAGCUGGCUGUCAUGUCCCCCACUCUGCUGGGCACCAUCUCGGCAGAACUCGUGGACUCCCUCAAGCCGAGCGUACUCAACCAACUCCACCAACACUUUGCUUCACUUCCUCGGGAGGAACUGGAGAACAUGGUGAGCAUUGUGGUGCAUCUUAUCUGCCAGACGUCAGGAGGUGCCUACCGUACUCUCCAGUUCCUCAUCAACACGGCCAUGCCCGCUUCUGUCAUCACCACCCCAGGCUUGGCUGUCCACGACAGCGUACGAGAAGCUUGUGACCGCGUCAUCCAGCUGCUGCUCCUAAACCUUCAGAAGCUGGUGUACAACCGAGGGUCGGCCAGCUUGGUAGAGACUCCGCCCCGGGCUGUGCCUUUCUUGGAUGAGCUGAAGGGCCACGUGCAAGAACUCUGCAUCGAAACACUGCGGCUGGAGAGGAAGCGUUUCCUGUGGCAGCACCAGCUGCUUGUCCUGUUAUCGGUUUACUGCACCCCGAGCUGCGCCAGCGAGGCCCUCUUCUACUUACUGACUCUGGCCAAGAGCCAGGAGGAACUGAGCCUAGCAACACAACUCUAUGCUGUGCUGAGCUCUUGCAUGAGUGACCUCUUACCCACUACAGUCCAGAAGUGUGUGAGCCAGAUUCAUGCAGGCAGUCUGUCCGAGCAGCACACAGCUCAGCUGUUCCAAAAUCUGGCCUUGAUCAUGCAGUGGGAGGACGAGGGUCCGUCCUCCAUGGGCCACCAGCUGGGCCAGGCAGUUUCGUUGCAUCUGUAUGAUUUUGGUCAGCUCCUGCUGCAUCCCAACCCUGAGGUUGCCCAGGCAGCCUCCUUGCUGCUUUCUGUUUGCCCCAUGCCAAAAGCUAUCCGGCCAGCUCAUCUCCUCUUCCUCAUCCGGUCUGCUGUGCACCAUUUUUUCUUGGUGUUGCUCUACAAGUGCUCUACAGGCAUCAGCUAUGGGAGCCGCCUCCUCUGUUGUCUGAGCGGGGCCUCGCCCACUGCCAGCAAAGCCAUCCUCCAGUACUUGGUGGAGGGAUCCUUGCACCAAGGCAAUGCUGAGCUCUUUGGUGGAGUGGCUGAACCUCCCGCUGCUGGGAACGACGCUGGUUUGGAAGGUGCCAAGGUUUCCCUGCUGGACAUCAACCGGCGCUUUAUGGCUGCUGUGAACUUCUCAGGCAGUGUGUGGUCAGUGUUCCAUGCUGGGGUGAUCGGGAAGGGUUUGAAGCCACCCCACACUCCGUAUAAUCGGGAACCAGAAGAGAUUGCCCACAACGCUCAGACCUUUCUGAGCUUGCUGCUGCGGUGUUGUGGGGCAGGGCGCUGCAGCUCAGAGUCCCCGCAGCGUACCAUAGCUGUCAUCAGUCCGGAGGCAGCAAAGACAGUGGCAGUGGUCCUGGUGGAGACCGUCUGCCCUGACGUCACCAACAGCGAGCUGGCAUGGCCUCCGGAAGAGCAUACUCGCAACACUGUAGAGCGGGACAUCCAGAUAGGGAGAUGCUUCCGUGACAACCCCUUGCUCUUUCAGCUUCUGUACUUAGUAGCAGCAGGGAGGCCGGCUUUGUGUUAUUGCUCAGUCUUGCUCCGGGGCCUUAUGGCGACGCUCAUGGCCCAUUGGGAGGCUUCACGGGAGAAUGACACCGUCAGCUCCCCCUGGCACUUGCAGGCUUCCUGUGCCCUGGUGGCCUGCAUGGGGGAAGGCCACCUUCUUCCCCCUGUUCUCAGCAACAUGCACGAGAUCUUUGACCAGCUGGCACCCUUUGAGGUCCACCUUUUGCUCCUCAGUGUCUGGGACUACUUACGCGAUAACAGUCCACUGCCCCAGAAGUUCACCUUUGAUGCUGCCACGGGGUUGUUCUUUCGGGAUUUUUCUAGAGACGCUGAUGUUGGCAAAUACCUGUGUGUUCUACACAGCGUCCUGCAUAAGAACAUUGACCGCCUGGGCCUGCUUUCUGGGCGAUUCCAGACUUAGCUGCUUUUUUAAGACUCUGCUGCGUGGCCUUAGCUUGUGAUGCUAUUGUGUUUUGGGAUGGGGGGCGUUUUGUAGCUUGUUCAGGUCUGUUGGUCAGUGAAUGAAGAGCUGUUGCAAAAUUGUCCAGCUGGGGCAUCAGAUGGAGGGGGCAGUUGGGGAAGGAUGGUGUAGCAGGUGGUCCUGGCCUCCUUCUCCCAACCCUGAUAAAUCCAACAUUGCUUGAAAAAUUACCGCAGAUGUCUGUCUGUAGUUUAGUUCAUAAAAAGUGGCUAUUCCUCCUAAAUAACUAAAGACGGUGAACUUACCUGAAACAGUAUUCAUGGUUUGGCUAUAGCCAGACUUUGACAGCCAGGCUAUGGUCUGGUCUACGCUGUUGUGUCAUGUGAUAUGGGCAUCAGUAUCAGCUGACCUGGCUGCAUUUACAUAGCCUGGUGCAAUGUAAGCUGAAGGUUGUGGCGUUCUCCCCUCCUCUCCCAAUUGGUUCAGGCCAUGAAGCAAGGAUCUCUGCUGUUUCUACCGAUCAACUCGGAGCAGCUUUUGAUCGCCUUUCUAUAGAAUCCAGAUCACAGUGAUUCUGUUGAGGAUCUAAGAACAUCUGUGACAGUUGUGCAGAAAUGUUUUCCCCAUUGUACAAAAGGUGUGUGUGUGUAGAAUAUUGUGAUCAAAUUUCCAUGCAUUUUUAAAAAAUAUCUCCAGAAAAGAGAUCUGUGGAAUUUCAUUGGAAGGACAACACGAGGAGGUGAAAACCACUUAUUUGUGCUGAUCUCUGUUAGCGUAGGUGUGCCCGUGGCUUUCUACUUGGCUAGGAACUGAUGUUUUGCUUUGCUGAAGAGAUUUGUGUGAUUUGGGGAAGUUUACAGUUCUCUGGCACAAGCUACAUCAUCUCUGAACUGAGGCCACCUUUCUGCUGUAGCACAAAGCUUUCUAACUAUGGCAUAUUUUUCUGAGACCAAUUAAUUUCUUGAACUAAGGUUCUGCACCAGAGCCAAGAGGCAAGCAGGGUAGCGGCUACCUCUUUGGUGUUUCUUAGAGUAGACCUGAGCCAGUCACCACCUUUCAGUAGUGUUCUUGUUCUAAUCUGGCGUUACAAGUAUGGAGUCAGUUUACUGCUCUUCUUCACGCUCCCAUCCAUUUCUACACCCACACAUAUGCAGCUAUAGGUUAGCAAUUGGGUCCCAACUGAAGAAGGAACAGCAAUGGUGCAGGAAAAGAAUUCUUUAAUAUCAGGUAACCCCUACACAUUUCGCCUUAACUUCAUCAGGGGGCUCUACCAAUAAAACAAUAUAUGAGAAGUAACUAAUGUAUCAUUCCAAAAAUGAUAAAAUGUUCCCCGGAGGUCGCUUCAAUCAGUUAAUAAGCAGUUGCUGAUGGUCCCUGCCCCCAGGGAAUUCCGUCUGGCCUCUACCAGAGCCAGGGCCUUUUUGGUUCUGGUUCCAACCUGGUGGAACUCUCAGUCUGAGGAAACUAGGGCCCGGCGGGAUUUAUCUUUCUGCCGGGCCUGCAAGAUGGAGAUGUUCCGCCAGGCAUUUGUUGGAGGCUAGGCUGUCCUCUUGCCGGCCAUACCACUGAAGACUGUCCACCAUCUAAGCAGGAGCUCAUACAUAUGUCGCAGGGAAUGAUGUAAGAGCCAAGCCCUGUGCCUAAAAUGCUGUAUUUUGAUAUUUAUUCCGUCAAUUGAGAAAUUUUAUUGUAUAUGGAAUAGUGUUUUAAUGUUUGUUUAUGUUUUUAUUGUUUUUAAACUGCAUGUUACAAAUUGUAUGCUGUUACACCGCCCGUCUGGCAGGGAGGGCAGUCUAGAAAUGCAAUAAAUAAAUAAAUAAAAUAAAACACAUUUAAUUUUUUUUAAAAAAACAGGACCAAUACACAGAGCAUAUGCAAAGUGCAGUACAUUUUUGGUAUCUAGAAACCUUCACCAACACAGUGAUGGGAGUAUGCCACAUUGUGACAAAAGGGGAGUAUACAUUUUGCAUCCAGUGCACAGACAAAAUAGACAUCCAUAA